GUUUUUUAUUUAAACUGCGCUUACGUAAGCUCGCUUAAGUAGUUAAGCGCUAUACAUAAUUUUUGGUAAUGCACCGUACCAAACUAAACCGAGUUUUGGUAAACCGUGAAUAUGUUUGGCAACGUAGCAUUUUUAACCCACAAUGCACUUCGUCUACUCAGUUGUUUGACAUGUUAUAACCUCAAAUAACAUUGUGAAUUGUGAUUGUAGUAUUGUACAGAUUUCACGUCUUUGUUAAAACUAUACAAAUAUGAGCAACGCAAAAGUUCGAGUGCCCAACUUUUCCAGUACAGAGAAGCUUCAUCUUUUAACGAUUAUAUCUCAAAAAUAUUACAAGAUCCUAGAGGACAAGAAGACUGAUCGCGUUUCAACGGGACAAAAAGAAAAGGCGUGGGACGAAAUAGAAGCCGAGUUUAAUGCUUCAUCUACCUGCACCACAUACAGAAAUGCACUGAGCCUCAAGAAAUGCUAUGAAAACCGAAAAAAAGAGCUCCGGAAAACUUUAGCUACUAAUAAAAGAGAAGCAUUAUUAACUGGUGGCGGUCCACCGCCAAAGAAGAAGAAAGAUGGGGACGAUACACUGAUGGAUGACAUUUUAAUGGCCAUUUUAAAUGAGAAAACUUUGUUGGGUCUUAAAAAUCCAUUUGAUGAUGAUGCAGAUGAAACGGAGAUACCCCACAUUGAAGGUAAUGAGGAAGUUGUUCUUGAAUUAGAGGCAUACCCAUGCGAAGUUGCAACUACCGAAAACUGUGUAGCGGAUACUGUUAAUGUGGAAGCACAGAGUUCCAUUAACGCUAUCCAAAUGCCAGUCCCAACAAUGAAUUGGAAAAAGUAUGUUCCAAAACAGCUACAAUGCCCUACAAGUGCAAUUCUACGUUUCUCAGAAGAGAAAGAAAAUAUACCGGAACCUGAUAAUGCCCCAGCACCCAACAAGGUUAACACUCCAAAGAAUGCAAACAGAAGAAGACCAACAACAGUAGUCAAGACACUUACAUCAUCUGAGAUAGCAAAAAAGUACAAUCUGUUACUCGACAAAAGACUAAGCUUAGUAGAUGCACAAAUUAAACAUUUACAUGCAGAAAAUGAACUUGUUCUUAAGAAACGUGAAUUGGAAAUUGAGUUACUGCAUAUUCAAAUAGCAAAUGAAAAAUAUGUAGAAUAAUA